GAAGAAGGCCAUGCUGGUGGACAACGUUCUUGCUCUGACUGGAGGCAUUCUCAUGGGCUUGUCUCGGUACUGCCAAUCCUACGAGAUGUUAAUCCUAGGUCGGUUCGUGAUUGGAGCUUAUUGUGGUAUCUCCUCCGGUUUAGUUCCGAUGUACGUGGGAGAAAUUUCGCCCACGAGACUACGAGGGACACUGGGAACGUUACACCAAUUGGCCAUUGUGUCAGGCAUCCUUAUCGCUCAAAUCUUCGGCCUGGAUGUCAUCCUGGGGACAGAUGAACUUUGGCCCCUGCUGCUGGCUGUGACAGUGUUCCCCGCCGUUCUGCAGGCCAUGCUCCUGCCACUGUGCCCGGAGAGUCCGCGCUACCUCUACAUCGUCCGCAACCAAGAGGGCAAGGCCAAAAAGUGUUUGAGAGUGUUGACAGGGAGACAGGAUGUUACUAAAUCACUGAUGGAGAUGAAGGAAGAAAAGAGGAAAAUGGACAUGGAGCCCAAGGUUACCAUAGCUCAGCUGUUCAAGGUGGCGUCGUAUCGCCAACCAAUCUUCAUCGCAAUUGUUCUUCAGCUCUCCCAGCAACUGUCCGGGAUCAAUGCCGUAAGUGUGACCGCCCCAACUUGA